AGCUGCUUACUCAAGCUCCCAUGAGCUGUCGGCUCGGAGCGGGGCAGGAGCUUCUCUGAUCGGUCAUUAAAUCACGUAUCCCCCACUUCUGAGCACCUUCUCUUCUUCUCUCCUCCCACCUCAAGACAACAAUCCGCAGCAAAGACUCUGAAUUAAUUCCCGCUACACAAUAUCCACAAAGUUCUAUUCCAGUAAUAUAAUCCGCCAAAAUGGUCAAAGCAGUUGCAACCGUCCGUGGUGACUCCAAGGUCUCCGGCACCGUCACCUUCGAGCAGGCUGAUGAGAACUCCGCCACCACCAUCUCCUGGAACCUCACUGGCAACGACGCCAACGCCCAGCGCGGAAUCCACGUUCACCAGUUCGGUGACAACACCAACGGCUGCACCUCCGCUGGCCCACAUUUCAACCCCCGUGGCAAGAACCACGGUGCCCCCACCGACGAGGAGCGCCACGUUGGUGACCUCGGCAACUUCAGCACUGAUGCCCAAGGAAACUCCACCGGCACCACCACCGACAAGCUGAUCAAGCUCAUCGGCCCGGAUAGCGUCAUCGGCCGCACCAUCGUUGUCCACUCCGGCACUGAUGAUCUCGGCAAGGGAGGACACCCAGACUCCCUCAAGACUGGUAACGCUGGUCUCCGCCCCGCUUGCGGUGUCAUUGGCAUCUCCGCUUAGAUAGCGAGUGAGAUGGACGCGCUCAAAUGCUAGGU